GUAAAAUUCCCGUUUUACACGUUGACUCAUACUUAAGAAGUUCGAAGUUGUUUUUAGAGUUUAGAGGGAUCGUUGAUUAAAAAGCCUGCUUUUGUAUGAGUCAGAAAACUGAGAAGCCGACACUAUCUGGGCAAAGAAUAAAGACCCGUAAAAGAGAUGAAAAAGAGAAAUACGACCCUACUGGUUUUAGAGAUUCUAUCAUUCAGGGCCUUAAUGAAAGUGGGACUGACCUAGAAUUAGUCUCCAAGUUCUUGGAUACAGCUGGAUCAAAGCUUGACUAUCGCCGUUACGGUGAAACUCUAUUUGACAUUCUUCUUGCUGGUGGAAUAUUAGCUCCUGGUGGAACCUUGGCUGUUGAUGUUGAUCCUCAAAAGACUACAAGGGGGGGGACUAAUGUUUGCAUAUUCACUGCUGAUGAUAAUCUAGACACAUUAAAAACUUAUGCUCAGGUUAUUACAAAGCUGAUUCGUCGAUACAAAUAUCUGGAAAAAACACUGGAAGAUGAAUUCAAAAAAGUUCUUGUGUUUCUCAAAGGUUUUUCACCUGUAGAGCGUUCAAAGUUGGCAAAAGUUACUGCUGUGUUGCUUGCUGGUGGUCAGAUACCACCUACUGUGCUUUCAAAAGUACUACAGGACCAUCUCGUCAAAGAUGGCAUUGCAUUGGACUUCAUCAUGGAAGUUUGUAAAACCUGGAUUGGUGAAAAGGAUAGUGCUACUGUCUGGGCAUGUCUUAGAAAAGCAGGUUUAGACUCACGUCUGAUGGAUUUUUUCCCUGUGAGCAAACGCAGUAUUGAAAAUUUGAGUGGCACCUUCAAAUCGAAUGGUCUAAGUCAAUUACUAGAGUACUUGAAAGCUCAAGAAAACCAAAGUGUAAAAAAAGAGCUUCAAGUUCAUGUUGGACAGCUUUUGAAAGAUGGUGCUCAAGUGAAAGAGAUUAUCCCCAUUGUAAAGGAUCAAAUGAAAAAGUAUUCUCUUCCUGAACCAGAAGUUGCUGUUUUGUUGUGGACUUCCCUCAUGACAAUGAUGGAAUGGAAUAAAAAAGAAGAAUUAGUUCCAGAACAAGCAGUUAAACAUUUGCGCCAAUAUACAUCACUUUUAUCCACAUUUACCCGAAAUGCAAAAGCAGAACUUGCUCUUUUGAUUCGCGUGCAGGAGUACUGCUAUGACAACAUGAAUUUUAUGAAAGUAUUUGAAAAAAUUGUUGUACUUUUUUAUAAAACUGAAGUAUUAAGUGAAGAUGUUAUAUUAAAGUGGUAUAAAGAAGCUCACUCUCCCAAGGGCAAGAGUAUAUUUUUGGACCAGACUAGGAAGUUUGUGGAAUGGUUGCAGAGUGCAGAAGAAGAGUCAGAAGGUGAAGAUUAAUUUUAAUAUGAGAUGUUUAUAUGUGUGCAGUUGACAUGGACUGUUGAUGUUUAUUCUCAAAGCCUCUUUGAUCAUGAAUGCGUUUUAUUCACAUGAUGCCAACUAUUAUGUUGCACCCUUUUAUUGAAAUCAUCAUGUUGGCAUUUUUCAUCCUUUUAAAAAAAUACAUGUUAAAAGAGAACAUAUUUUUGUAUGAUUAGCCGGUAUAUAUGCUCUUAGCUUUUAUGCAGUAAAUCUCAAGAACCAAUAUCGUUGUACAGAUUUUAUUUAGUAAAAUUUCUUAUCAAAUAUAUAAAUUUUAAAGUAAAAAUUACUUCAUUAUGCAACUACUUUUUCUUUUUGAUGUGAUUUAUAGGACUCAUUUCAAUACAGCUAUUUUUCUAGUGAACUUGAUUAUGUGAUUAAUAAUUCAAUGGUUAAUUCAAAUCUUUUUAAUUUUAAUUUUAUUGUAAAAGGUUCCACUUGAAGUCAAAACUGCAUUUUAUACGUGGUAUGAAACUUUGUGAUACACCUUUGUUACUAGUAAUUCUUUAUAUAUGUAAUUCCUUGCUAGUUGUGUGGUGCAUGCCAUUGGUCUUUCCCUAAAAAAAUGCAUUAAAACAUAGAAGCACUUUUUAUGUUAUAUCUUUGUAUUAGAAUCUCAAAUAUUUUACAUGUAUAUAAAAUUUACACUUUAGUUUUUAUACUCAAAAAUUUGUCCUGUUAUGUCAAUUUUUGUUUUUUUUUUUUGUGGCUUCAAAAGUCCAAUUUUUGUGCAACUUUGGUUGAAAUGUUUAUUAUUUUCCCUCAUAAUUUAAAAUGAUUGACACUUCUUCUAUCUGUACUGUAUAAACUCAUAACUAGUAAACUUUCUUUUUGUAUCUUAAUUCAAACAAUGUUUUACAUGAUUUUGCUUUCACCAUUUUUGGACUGCAACUGCUAUGUGUAAUUAAUUCAUACAAUGCUCACAAUAGCUUUUGUAUAUCAUAUUGGCAAAAGCAUCACAGCAGUAUUUGAAUAGAAUCUUUAAAAAUGUGAUGUUUGCUGGUUACAAAAGUUUUCUUUUUGAGGUCCAAAAAUGCUUAAACAAAAUUUAGUAAAUUUAAAAUGAUAUUUUAAGGGGGAAAAUAGCUUAUUUUUGUCACAAUAAAAGAAAAUUUUAU